CACGGUAUUUGUAUUUCUGUGUGUUUCAGUUCUGGAUAGACUAAGUGACCGUGUAUGUCCUCCAUUUGGGAAAAACUUAAAAUUUGGGGUUGAGACUAUUCAAACUAAGUCGCUGAUGUAUGGAUGUGCCUAUAUGGGAAACGAAAGUCUUCCAAUGUUUCAUUUGUGGUUGGAGCGUCCCGACCAAAAAUUUGGACACGGAAAUUGCGACAAUACGCUGAAUAUGGACCACUUCAUGUUUGAGUGUUUAUCGAAACAUGGCAAGCCGACCAAUAAAGACGAAUCUGAAAUGGGCGGGCAAUAUAUAUCACUACUGGAACAUACUGCAGCGUCAAUGCAAAAUAAAACUAAAACACGCUCACACAGAUGUGCCUUGUACGAUGUGCACGAUGACAAUGAUAGGAAGCUUAGAAUAAUCCGGAUGGUGAUUAGCAAGCCGGUAAUUGGAGAGGAAUUUAAUUUAAACCAGUGCAACGGCCUAUCGGAUCUUCUGGCACGGGAUGAACUGCCAGUCAUCCCUGAAGGAUAUCGAUAUUGGCCCGACGGGUCUUUGUACAUAUAUUUGUUAGGUAGAAAGGCCAACAUAUUAUAUAACGGUACAAAAUACCCAGAUUUUUCUGAUAUUAGUCGUCCAACGACUACGACCAGUCGGCCAUCAACAUCAACUACCACCACAACUACAAGAACCACGACCACAGUAAAACCUAGGCAUCCUUAUUGCAAACAUGAAAAAAAUAUGUUGCUAAAAUAUUUCGUAGGUAUUUUACUUAAACUCUAAAUAUUAUCAGAAAAUUGUAUUAACGUUUUCAUAUGAUUUUAAAAUGUUCUCAAAA